GGGAGCGGCCCCGCCCAUCCGCCGGAGUCCGCGCCGGAACGAAGUCAGUCCCAGUGCGCCUGCGCGGCCCGGGCCCGAUUGUGCUGCCGGGCUCAGGCUGCCCCACGCGGCUCGCGCCGCCGCCGCCGGGAUGCUUUUCUAUUCGUUCUUCAAAUCCCUGGUGGGGAAGGACGUGGUGGUGGAGUUAAAAAAUGAUCUGAGUAUCUGUGGGACCCUCCAUUCUGUGGAUCAGUACUUGAACAUCAAGCUGACCGACAUCAGCGUGACGGACCCGAGAAGUACCCCACAUGGUAGGGGCCGCCUCCUCCUUGGCUGGGGGGGCCCUCCCCCUAACCCCGCUCUCUCCCCCCAGCUGUCGGUGAAGAACUGCUUUAUCCGCGGCUCCGUGGUGCGCUACGUGCAGCUGCCGGCGGACGAGGUGGACACGCAGCUGCUGCAGGACGCCGCGCGCAAGGAGGCGCUGCAGCAGAAGCAGUGACCCCCCCCAUGCCCCCCCUCCCUCCCUGCUGCAGGGGGUGCAGGGCGGAGACCUGCCCCACCCGGCUGCUUCCCGCCAGCCGUAAAAUCCCCCCUGCUCGGCAGCUCCUGCCACUACACCGAUGCUCCUGGACGCCUGGGUCCGUGGCUGCUCCCCCUCCUGGCUGGGAGCAGGAGCUGAGUCGCCGUCCAGGAGCCCGGACUCCUGGGUCCACUCUGCUCCCUCCACGCUCUGGGAGUAGGAGCCCAGCCCCUAUCCAGGAGCCCGGAUGCCUGGGUUCUUCCUUUUCACCCUGCCCUCCCAGGCCCCGGAGGCCUGAGUUUCUCUCUGCAAGCCCAGGCCUCCAGACUCCUGGGAUCAUCUCCGCUUGUGCUUGGGAGGGAACAGGAAGAGCAGAGGGGAACCCAGGCAUCCGGGGCCCUGCAUGGGGGCUCAGCUUCUACUCAAGAGAAUUGGGUGGGGGCUGUGCCCUUUCUAGGGGCCCGGAUGCCUGGGUUCAACUCCCCUGCCCCCCAAUAUGCCCAGAUCUAGGACACCUGAGUUCUGUGUGCUCCCUGAGCUGCUUAUCUCCUGUGGGAUGAAUAUCAGGGUGGUUCCUAGGCUUGUCGUGUCCCCCGCCCUUGGGGGGGAAAGAUUAUGGGGGUCCCCUUAGUUCUGGUUUGAAUCUCCCCAGCCCCCCUCUUUCACCUCCGGGGCCAUGGCCAGUUAAGCCUCAUUUUUAUUUUUAAACUCUAAUUUCUCCCUGUUCUUUAAGGGGGGUGUUUAGUUCCCCCCACAUCUUUGGAGGGGCAGGGACUGCGCUCCUGGGGUGCCAUUAACCCCAGCUGGCGAAAUCCUGGAAGAGUUGUGGGGCGUUUGAAUUUCCUGGGGGGGAUUGGGGUUUUUUUAGGGUUUGGGCCGAGGGGGAUGAAGGUUUUUUGUAUGUUUGAUUCAUGGCUUGAAGUCUCGGGUGGAAUAAAAGUUUUUGGAGCCUGGUUA